AUGUGUAAAUCAAAGCUUCACGGUGGGAUGGGCUUUAGGAACCUUGAGGCUUUCAACUUGGCAAUGCUAGCCAAGCAAGGUUGGAGAAUGUUGUCAAACCCAAGCUCUCUUGUUGCUCGAGUAUUCAAGGCAAGGUACUUCCCUCAUGAUGAGAUACUUAAUUCUAAGAAGGGAAACAACCCCUCUUAUGCUUGGAGAAGCAUCCAUAUUAACCUUGAUGUGCUAAGGAAGGAGACAAGGUGGAGAGUGGGCAAUGGUAGAAGAAUCCAUAUUUGGGAGGACAAGUGGUUGCCAACUCCAACAACCUACAAAGUGACCUCCCCUCCAACAGACUUUGAGGAUUUCCCUAUGGUUGUUUCUCUUAUUGAUUUGGAUACCAGAUGGUGGAAAGCAGACACGGUAAGGUUCUUUACCAUCAGAAGUUGGAAACCUGAAACUUCUUUUGCACUAGACGUUUCAUACAACAAACUUUCCAAUAAGAUUCCAGACCAGCUAGGGGACUAUUUGUCCUUAGAAACACUUUAUAUGCAAGGCAACUUCUUUGAAGGAACCAUUCCUGACCUAAGAAAGUUAAAAGGUAAUCAAUAUCUCGAUCUUUCCCACAACAUCUUGUUUGGCCAAAUCCCAAGCUAUAUGGUUAAUUUUCCCAUGUUGCAAAAUUUAAACCUGUCUUUCAACAAUCUUGAGGGAGAGGUACCUGUAGAAGGGGUCUUUAGAAAUGCUAGCGCAGUUGAAGUCUAUGGUAACAGUGCUUUUUGUGGGGGCAUCCAAGAGCUGCAUAUGCAAGCAUGCCCCAGUCAAGGAUCCAAGAAACAUAGAAAGCAUGUUGCUUUUAAGUUGAUACUGGCAAUAAGCAUUGCAGCUGCUUUCUGCUUAACAUCAAUCUCUUUAUUUACUCUUUCCUGGUUGAGAAAGUCGAAGAAGAAAUGCCUUUCCAUUUCCUCCUUUGGACGCACCUACCAAAAGAUUUCUUAUGAAGAAUUACUCAAUGCAACCGAUGGAUUCUCUUUGAGGAAUUUGAUUGGUUCAGGUAAUUUUGGUAGUGUCUACAAAGGAAAACUUGGUCUAGAUGAACCAACUGUUGCAGUCAAGGUACUUAACCUUCAAAAGCAAGGAGCUUCCAAGACCUUCAUUGCUGAAUGUGAGGCCUUGAGGAACAUACGGCAUCGAAAUCUUGUUAAGAUUGUGACUGCUUGUUCGAGUAUUGAUUUUGGGGGCAAAGAUUUUAAAGCUUUAGUGUAUGAGUUCAUGCCAAAUGGGAGCUUGGAGAUGUGGUUACAUCCUGAAGAUGAGCUCAGCCAACUGAGAAAUUUAAAUCUUCUCCAGAGAAUGAACAUUGCAAUAGAUGUGGCUUCAGCUUUGCUUUAUCUUCAUCACCACUGCCAAACUCCUAUCAUUCACUGUGAUCUUAAGCCAAGCAAUAUUCUUCUCGAUGAUGAUUUGACUGCUCAUGUAAGUGAUUUUGGCUUGGCAAGACUCCUUUCGAAAUCUGGAAAGGAAGCUUUUCUUAAUCAAUUAAGUUCGGCCGGAAUUAAGGGAACCAUUGGAUAUGUUGCUCCAGAAUACGGAAUGGGUAGUUAG